ACAAAAAUGGAACCCAUAAUUUUAUUCAUGGUCGUGGGAGAUCUUCUCGUCGCCACCAUGGUUGACACGUUCUUUUCUUUCUAACGGUAUCAGGCAAAAAAGAACUUGGCAUGGAUUGAAAGUUCCCUUCUUUUUAGCAUAGCAUCUCGCCUUCAAGACUGUGGUUCAUUGCCAUGUCUAUGAUGUUGUUGGGAACGAGUCUUUUUCCUUGUUUCACGCCUUUCUCCUUCUUUUGUUCACUCUCGCUUCAUGUCUACGAGAUCUUCUUCCCCCCACUUCCUCAUUCUUCAUCAAUCACCAUCAUCUUCCUCCUCUGCAAUAUUCGUCUCUUCGUCAUCACAUAGUCCACCAUGAUCGGUUCUCUUGACGCAACCAAACCCAACAACAACAAUGUGGGUUCCGUUCCCGCCAACGGCUCUGCUACCAUCCAAGAAGCUCCCUCUCCUCCUGUUUCAGUAGCCUCCGAUGCCACUCUAGGUCGCUUCAUUGCUCGUCGCCUCGUCCAAAUCGGCGUUAGUGAUGUGUUCUCCGUGCCCGGUGACUUCAAUCUCACGCUUCUCGAUCACCUUAUUGCUGAACCGGGGCUCACCAACAUUGGAUGCUGCAACGAGCUCAAUGCUGGGUAUGCUGCCGAUGGGUAUGCCAGGUCUCGUGGGGUCGGAGCUUGUGUCGUGACCUUCACUGUGGGUGGGCUUAGCGUGUUGAACGCCAUCGCCGGGGCUUACAGUGAGAACCUUCCAGUCAUAUGCAUUGUUGGGGGUCCGAAUACCAAUGAUUAUGGAGUUAAUAGAAUUCUCCAUCACACUAUCGGAUUGCCUGAUUUCAGCCAAGAACUCAGAUGCUUCCAAACUGUGACAUGCUUUCAGGCUGUGGUGAACAAUUUGGAAGAUGCUCAUGAACUGAUUGAUAGAGCAAUUUCUACCGCUUUAAGAGAAAGCAAGCCUGUCUACAUUAGCGUUAGCUGUAACUUGCCUGGAAUCCCACAUCCAACUUUUAGCAGAGAACCUAUUCCAUUUGCUCUGUCUCCCAGAUCGAGCAACAAGAUGGGGCUUGAUGCAGCUGUUGAUGCAGCAGCAGCAUUCCUGAACAAAAUGGUGAAGCCAGUCAUUGUGGGAGGGCCAAAACUCCGAGUGGCAAAAGCGUGUGAGGCCUUUGUUCAAUUGGCUGAUGCUUGUGGCUAUCCAAUUGCUUCAAUGCCAUCAGCAAAAGGACUAGUUCCAGAGACCCAUCCUCACUUCAUAGGGACUUACUGGGGAGCUGUGAGCACUGCCUUUUGUGCUGAGAUAGUUGAAUCAGCUGAUGCGUACUUAUUUGUUGGACCAAUCUUCAAUGACUACAGCUCUGUAGGAUACUCUCUACUUCUUAAGAAGGAGAAGGCAGUCAUUGUACAACCUGAUCGUGUUGUAGUCUCUAAUGGCCCUGCUUUUGGUUGUGUACUGAUGAAGGACUUUCUCGAGGCAUUAGCGAAAAAGUUGAACAAGAACGAGACCGCUUAUGAAAACUACACCAGAAUCUAUGUCCCAGAUGGGCAACCUCCCAAAUCUGAACCUACUGAGCCCCUACGAGUUAAUAUUCUUUUCCAGCACAUCCAGAAGAUGCUUUCUGCUGACACUGCCGUGAUUGCUGAGACUGGAGAUUCCUGGUUUAAUUGUCAGAAACUGAAAUUACCAAAAGGAUGUGGUUGGUAUUGCAGGUAUGAAUUCCAGAUGCAGUAUGGCUCAAUUGGGUGGUCUGUUGGGGCAACACUAGGAUAUGCACAAGCUGUACCUAACAAACGUGUGAUUUCUUGCAUUGGUGAUGGGAGUUUUCAGGUGACUGCACAAGAUGUAUCAACAAUGAUACGGAAUAAUCAAAAGCCCAUCAUCUUUCUAAUAAACAAUGGCGGAUACACUAUAGAAGUUGAAAUCCAUGAUGGCCCUUAUAAUGUGAUCAAGAACUGGAAUUAUACAGGCUUAGUGGAUGCAAUCCACAAUGGUGAAGGAAAUUGCUGGACACAAAAGGCCAGGAAUGAACAGGAGCUGAUCGGAGCAAUUGAAACAGCGAUGGGUGAUAAGAAAGAUUGCUUGUGCUUCAUUGAAGUUAUUGUUCACAAGGAUGAUACCAGUAAAGAACUUCUUGAGUGGGGCUCAAGGGUGUGUGCCGCAAAUAGCCGCCCUCCAAAUCCUCAAUAGAGAAAAAACCAUAUAGU